UCAGUUGAACGCGAUCUGUGGAAGAAAUUACACCUAACGCUCGAGCACGCUCUCAAAGAUAUACCCUGAGAAGUCUAUAUAGACAAGUUCUACUUUUUCAAAGUUGGUGGUGUGACCCGUGUGUGAUUGCACGGGCAAAGGCACGGAUUUUCUUCUUAUAAAAUUCCUGUGUGACCAACAGCGAAGAGACCCAUCAAUUGAGGAUAUUUUGCACAAAACGACGAUCUUCACCACCCCAUAAAAUACAUGAAGCAAUAAACAAAGCAAUUAACUUAUAAAAAUUCUCAAAUGAAUUUUAAUUAGCUCCCAGGAGCCAAGUGACGCUGUGAGUUUUCUUGAACAAGAAGAGACUGCAAACAAAAAAAAAUCUUGAAGAUUUUCCUUCGUGAAAAGUGAGUGGAAGUGAAGGCGUUUUGAAUGGAGUUUUCUCCUAGUGUGGAGAAUUUCAAUUGUUGGAAAUAUUGUUCAAUAUGUCACAUUAUCAAGAGCGAUUAAAAAUACUCCAUGAUCAUAUAAAAUCGUACAAACAAUCGAAGGUAAAGUUGAUAGUGGAGGGAAUUUAGCGCGUCUGAGUACAUUGAACACUGAGAGAAAACAUUUACAAAUACCCCCCUCGAGACACAAGUGUAACCGCGAGUGUUUUAGAGUGUUUAUUUUAUUUAAAAGGAGACAAAGCUCAAGGUGGAGGUGAUCCUUUAAGGGAUUCUGAGACUGUUGAGUUUUUAUCAAAUUAAAGCAAAAAGAAGAGAAAUAUAGCUGCAAAGAUGGCAAAUUCACGAAGAUCUCUGCUAUUCUUUAUUUUUUGUGCCAUAACUUCUAUUCAGUGGCGAGAAAUUCCGCAUAUUGUGGACGCCCGAAGGACUCAUCUCAUUGAGGACGACGGCCCAAGGCGAACUCAUCGCCCAGCCGAAUGCCAAUUUGGGAAGCAACUGAAAGAACUAGGAUCGUCGUGGUUUCCCGAUUUGGGUCCACCAUUUGGGGUCAUGUACUGCUUCCGAUGCGAGUGUGUGGCGGUGCAAAAGAAACGACGAAUCGUUGCCAAAGUGGAAUGCCGAAGUAUGAAAUAUGAUUGUCCAAAAGUCACAUGCGAUGACCCAGUUAUACUCCCUGGAAAAUGCUGUAAGACUUGUCCCGGAGACAAUGCGAGUAUCAUCCAAGAUGUUCCACCGCCAACAAUUGCUAACGAAGAUGAGCGCAACAUAAAAGAAUUCGGCGCUCUCUUGACAGCUAGAACAUCGCAAAUACUAAAGCGCGAAGAAAUGAAGUCCAUGUACUCGAUUAACAAUCCGCAGAACAUUGUUGCAACAGGGCGAUUCUCGCUGCACAAGAAGAAUCUCUACUAUUCGUUCUACGUGUCAGAAAAAGCGACACGUCCACGUGCCAUACAAUUCAUGGAUACCACGGGAAAUAUUCUUGAGGAGCAAAACCUCACCAUUCCUAGCACCGGCCCAUUCAGCAUCUACCAAAAUACAACAGGGAAGCUCUGUGGGGUGUGGCGUAGAGUACCGCGUGACUAUAGGAAAUUCCUCAAGGAUGAUCAAAUAAUUGUAGCUAUCCUGUGGGGUGAUAAAUACCAAGCUGAAUUAGCCCUGGCCGGGAGGAUUGAAAAAUACCCAGCGCUACAGACUGAAAUUCUGAGUUCACUCCUUGAACCAGCUCCUGGAACUAGUCUUGAACAAAUGGCCGGAGCCGGUGGGACGGCUAUUGUAUCUGCUGUUGGUGGUACAGCUUCAUCAGUUCACAUAACACUUGUAGUCAAUGGAGUGUUCAAUCCUGAUGAAAUACUCGAUGUACCACUAAAUAUUCGACUAGAGACGCACGACAAUAAGCAAAUAAUCAUAGAGGACGUCCAAAAGGUUAAAAAGCCCGCGCAUGCUGUUAAUGUCAUUGAAAUAACGUCGCCAGUAUCCACGAGUGAUCUUAGGAUGUUAGCAAGAGGGAAACUUUUUAUAACGGUUGAAUCACGGAGAAAUCCUGAAAGCCUUAGGCUACAAGGACAAGUUGUCUCGCGUGUAUCUUGUGAAAUCUUUCAAACAGUCAUAUCAUCCCAUAAUCCAGAUUCUCAGCAGAGAACAAAUGGGCUGGCUUGGAUCUACCUAAAUCGAGACGGUGGACUUGUCUACAAUCUCGAAGUUAACGACUUAAACUACGACGUAAAUCCUCUUGUUGCGCUGGUUGAUGACAAUGGGAAACGUCGUCUGGAGUUGGAGGAUCUAACUCCCACCCUUAACAGGGUAACAAAUGAGGCGUCAGGAACUAUUGACCGACUUGGACCUAGAGUUUUGGAGCCUCUGUACUCAGGCGAUCUCUUUGUAACCAUCGUAGACAAACCUGAUACGUCAAUUGCAAGAGGAAGACUAGUUUCACGUCCUAUUGCGGACUCAAGAGACUCCCCAGCACCUAUUUUAUUCAAAAAGAUCGACGAGUUUAGUCCUCCGAAUGUGGCUGGAAUGGCUUGGGUAGCUGUGGACAGUGCAUGUGAGCUUCACUAUGAUAUUUCGUUAACAGGCCUCAAUGCCUACCGACAUUUGGAGUUGUAUCUCGAGGAGAAGGCUUUCGAAGUACCUGGUGCGACAAUUACACGAACCUUCCUUGAGGAAUUCAACGGAAACUACCUAGAGGGAUUCAAUCUUGAAAUACCCGAAUGGCUAUUGGCUAAAUUGGAAACGAGUGUUUGCUACUUGGAAGUCUAUUCAAAGGAAUUCUCCCGACCACUUUUGCGUGCCAAACUAAAGAAUAUCAAAGUGCCCAGUCGAUGCUUCCCAAAUGACAGUGACAAUGAACUGCCCAUCAUAGCAUCGACAAUGAACGACGUCGACAAUCCAUCCUACAAUGCUCUCGACAGUAAAUGCUACUCUUCGGGACGAUUCUACGAGGAGGGCGAACAGUGGGCAGAUAGGUUGCGUGAAUGCACAAUGUGCUCAUGUGUAAACAGGCGCGUAAAAUGUGAUCCCAUUAAAUGUCCACCACUACGGUGCAAACCCGAAGAUGUUCACCAUCGUAAGGGCGAGUGCUGUCCAAUUUGCAUGGAAUCCAAGAUGUUCGAGGAAGUGAGUAAUGCGAAGAACUCACCUGGCUGCCGCCAGUCGGGCAACAAUCAAUUCUACCUGGCAGGUUCCUCAUGGCAUCCCUACCUCCCACCCAGUGGCUUUGACACCUGUGCCAUUUGCACGUGCGAUCCUGUCUCCCUGCAGAUCUCCUGCUCCAAAGUCCAGUGUCCACAGCUGCAGUGCAGCGAGAAGGAUGCCUAUCGUCCGGAUAAGAAAUCCUGCUGCAAGAAAUGCCCCGAGAUUCGUGUAGAAAUAUAUAGAGGAGAUAAGGCACAUCCGGACUUACUAAAAGAUCAAAGCUUCACACCCAAUAAAACAGCUUCAACACAGGAGAUCCUGGCAAAUGGGGGCUGUUCCCAUGCUGCAACAGUGUACGAAAAUGGCCAAGAAUGGCAUCCUUUCAUCUCUUCUUAUGGUGAAGAAAAAUGCGUGGAUUGCCGAUGCAAGGAUGGCAUCAUUCAGUGCAGUAAGAAGAGGUGUACACGAUCUGUGUGCAAUAACAGGAUACUGGGGAAGAAUAACCGCAAGGAUAAGAAUAAUGUGGAUGAAUGUUGCUCAGCACAGUGUCAUCGUGUGAGGAAUCACAAUCACAAUGCAAGAAGGAUGCGACGAGAGAGAAUACGGGAUCGUCAUCAACAACAUGCUAAGAGUUGAAGGGACUCACAUAAAGUCCUUUUCCCGCAUUCAUCCAACAAAAAAGUGCAUCAUUUAUGGAAUGAAAAAAAAAAGAAAUUUGGAAAGUUCAAUAUUUCUUUUAUACACAAAAAUAAUGUAAAACAAAACCUUCACAUCUUAUAUACGUGUCAUAAUAUCAUUUACACUGUUUGUCCCAAAAAAUGAAUGGUGAUUUUAUUUAUUUAGCGAGAGAGAACCAAGAAAACAUUUUGUAAGAUUCACACACACACAUUUUAGUUUUUUCUGUGCAGAAAAACAAGAUUUUUCCAUACAAACUUUAAUAAAAAAAAACAACAAAAAAUGGGAAGACCAAAAGAAUAGGAAAAGUGGAAGAAAAAAAAUUAAAUAUAUAUUUCCUUUUAGUGGAAAACAAGCUGAAAAAUUGUACAACUUUUAAACUUAUUAUUAUUAGGAAUGAAAUUAGAAUUUUUAAUGGUGUGGACAUUUUGAAGGAGAAGUAAAAAAAAUCAACAAAUUGGCUUCAAAAAUCGCGAUUUAUGGAAAAAAAAAGUGAAGCAAUUAGUGUUUUAAGUUCUGUUGUUACCACGUACCAAAGAAGACUGAAGUGGGUGAUGGAGUAUUUUUUUUUAUAAAAAAUCAUUAUAGGAAACAAAAAAAAUGAUUUCAGAAACCCAAUCAUUUUUGAAAAUUAUUUGCAAAAAAAAACACAAUAAAACAAAUUGCAAAAAAAUGGACACGUUUGAAAUGUCUCGUAUAAAUUAUUAUUUGUUCUAUAGGCGAUAAAAAAAAUGAUGAAAGAAAACCAUUUAACAUGAAAAAAAAGUAACUAAAGCGAAUUAACGUGAUGAAGAUGAAAAUUAAAAUAUUAAUACAACUUCAUUCUCGGAAGAACUGACGAAAGGACAAAGAAAUGGGAGUGGUAGAUGAUAGGAAGAAGGUCAACAAAAGAGGAUUUGUCAGUGUGGACGGAAAGAAAGAACCUCCUGCAUUAUUAUUAUAAUUAUUAUUAUAUACAAAAUACUUAAUAUUCUUUACUCUGUUGUAAAAGUAAUAUUUUCUACACAAUAAAAAAGCAAAAAACAAUAAAAUUAAUUUAAAAAACAAAGCACUUAAUCCUUCUUAUUUGCCCUUUUCCUCUCCGAAAAGGACGCAAUGUUUGAGAGUCUUAAAAAUAAAAUAGAAACAGACACUAAUCUUGAGCUCCAUUUUUUUUUAAUUUAUAAUUAUUUUAAAGAAAAAAUAUCGUAAUUAAUUUAAAGUUAAUAAACUCAUUGAAAAAGUGAGGAAAAAGUCUAUUCUUUCAUUAAAUUUAUUAAUAAAAGUAAAAGAAAUAACUUAACUGAAAAUUAUACACUGAAAAAAAUAUUCUUAUAUAGGAAACAAAAUCGCUUUACAAAUUUAUAGUCUCUGAAUAAUGCUAUAUUAAAGUUUUUUUUUCUUCAUUUGAACCUUCUCUCCAAGUGCAGUCUCAAGUUUGCAAUGUUUUUUAUCUUCAACCAAACUUAUAUACAUAAAUAAAUAUAAGUAUAUGAAAGAGAAAUAUUGAUGAGAGAAGGAAUAAAGAGAUAUCUAAUGCUAAUUAAUUUUGAUAUUCAUCUUAUAGAGGGGAGAAAAAAAUGUAAAGAAAAUGAAAAAAUGUGUAUAGAGGAAGUUAAUUGUAUUUCUAAAAUGCAAAUAAUGUAUACAAAGAUUUUUUUCUAACUACAAAUACAAAAAAAAAUGAAAAAGGAACAACAAAUUAUAUGACAUCUACUUACUAUUAUGUAUAUUUUACAAAAUAACAUCUUGUAUUAUAAAAAAAAUAAUUAAAAUAAUAAUGAUUAACCAAGCUUGUUAUUAUAAAUAAUACAUUAAAACUGAAUGAGAGAGCAAGCGAAAAAGAAGAAAACUUACGAAAGAACAGUCUAAAAAAGAAAAAUUUUACUUAUUAUUUUACCAACCACUUUUCGCUCUCAGUGUUUUCACUAUUAUGCGUCAGUGGAGGCGCCCGGUACCAGGCGCAAACAUUUCACUUUUUCAGCCAAAUAAAACAUCUUUUUCGGCAAUA